AUUUUAUUUUGGCGCCAUAUUUGAAGGUUCACAGUCUGUAACUCGGUCAGUUUGUGUAAGUUUCAUGUAAUAUUGAGCAACUCCAAGGCGUAGUUGAUCUUGAACAAGUCCAUUGACCAGUAUUUUACUCAUUUGCAUUUAGUGCGAAAUUGCGAGGUCGAAGGAGCGGAGCAAAAACGCGACCUUAGUUAAUUCUAAAUCAGGCUGAUGGAGGAGGAAUCGUUGUAUGGAAAGAGAAAGAAGAAAAAGAACAAGACCCCUAAUCCCUUCUUUGAGACGUGGCUGCAGGAAUGGAAACAGGAAGCUGUCGAUAAAGGCAUCAAAUCACAAUAUGUUUAUGCCAAGGCGCUCAAGUCACUUCGCAAAUAUCCUCUUCUUCUGACAUCUGGAAAGGACUGCAAAAUUUUGGAAAAUUUUGGAGACAAACUGUGUAAGUUGUUGGAUGAUCGACUUCAGAAACACAUACAAGAACACGGUGCAUUAGUUCCCCCACAGCCAGAGAAUUCAUUUACCAAACCACCACCCAGGCAGAAACCAAAACCGAGUAAGAAGCCAGCAGCGACAGUGGUCAGACCUGUGACAGAGCAGCAGGUGGUCCCCCGUGGGGCAGCUCAUACUCUGUCCGACUCUGAAAGUGAAGGAGAUGCAGAGGCUCCGCAACCCCCCAGGAAAAGACCAAGAUCUGGAAUAGGAAUAGGAAGUGGUGAAAGGGAAUAUAUACCUGCCUACAGAUCCGGACCCUUCGCUCUUCUUAUCACCCUAAACAGAGACAGACAGUCUGCAAAUGGGAGAGGAUUUAUGACAAAAUCAGAUUUAUGUAGUCAAGCCCAGCCCUUAGCUGAGAAAUCUUUCACUGUAGCAGACCCCAGCUGUCGGUACACAGCCUGGUCUUCAAUGGGAACACUGAUAAAGAAAGGACUAGUCGUCAAGGAGAGUAGUCCAGCUCAGUACAGUCUGACCGAGGCGGGGUGUGAGCUGGCACAUCGACUGGAAGCAAUUCAGGCAGACGACUUUCCAGCCAGACCACCACCAGUCCAGAGAGGACCAGCUAUAGUUCCUAACACUGUCAGUCAAGACAGAGGGACACUUCUGUACAAGUAUGUAACAAACGAUGGAGAGGAGGUAAAACACAAGGAUAAAGCCGCUGUUCUGAUUGAUGAUGAUCUAGGGAUUGGAUUUCUGAUCAGAGUGAAUUACCGACAACUGUUGUCCAGUGGGAAACGCUACAGACUGGACACCACAAGGCCUUUGGGAGAAGAUGUUUUUGUAUAUCUGCAUGGAGAUGAUGCUGUUGAUAAUGUUGGUAUACAGGAAAUGCCCGCAUUACCAUCAUUGACCGAUGUAGAUGUAGAGGAAACUCCAGUUGUUACUGCAGUCAAACCAAUUAAAGAAGGGAAGAAGAGAACAAAAGCUCCACCAGACAUUUUGUCUUCUACCUCUGCUGUACCACAACUUUUAUCAUUCCAAAGUCUGGAGCCUUCCGUUUUCGCCAGGAAACAGUUAGACAGAAUUUCCACUGAUUCUGUCAAAACUAGUUGUCUAGACACUAUACAAGGCAUUGAGAAUUCUCAGGGAUCCAGUAGUAGUGCUUCUAUACCAAAUUUUGUGCUCCAACCUGGGCAGUUUGAAAUCAUUCUGUGUGUAGACAACGCUGAAUUCUAUGGCAGCAGGCAAGGGGGAGGAAAGUCCUUGUUGCCUGACCUGAUCAAGAAUGGUGUGACCUGUGACCUCCGAAAACUCCAUGUGGGAGACCUGCUGUGGGUGGCAAGGGAGAAAACUCAUCAGACAGAAGUUGGUUUUGGUCAACCCAAGGGAAGAGAAAUUGUGUUGGACUACAUUGUGGAGAGGAAGAGAAUGGAUGACCUCGUCCAUAGCUGUACAGAUGGAAGACUUCCAGAUCAAAAGUUCCGCCUAAAGCACUGCGGCCUGAAGAAACCAAUCUUCAUGAUAGAGGACUAUGGCUCCCUUCAGCAUUUCAGCAUCCCAGAGGACCGCAUCAGGCAAACAAUAACAAAUCUUAAGGUCAUUGAUGGUUUUCAAAUCAAAAGAACAAAGAAUGUGAAGGAAUCGGUUGCCUACCUGACAGUGAUGAAGAGAUAUCUACACAGGUAUUACAAGAACAAGACACUCUAUGCCUGCAGUAGGGACGACCUCAAAGAGCAAGACUGGACCAACAGCAUCCAGGACUGCGAGGUUAAACUGAUGGAAUUCAAUGAAUUCAAUGCAGGAUCUGUCAAGUCCAGGAAUCUGAGUGUCCAGGACAUGUUCUGUAAACACCUGAGCAAAGUGAGUGGGAUGUCCGGUGAGAGAGCCCAGGCCGUGACCCAGAUCUACCCCACACUGACCGAUUUGAUGGAGGCUUACAGAUCAUGUCCAAACUCUAAGUCAGCAGAAGGUUUAUUGUCCACAGUCAAAGUAAACAAGUCAUUCAGAAAUUUGGGAAUCAACCCUAGCAGAUUAAUCCACCAGCUUUACACCAACCCGGGUCCUUUAACAUGACGGCAGUCCAGACACAUCAUUACUCUGUUACAAACUGUUACUGAACAGAUGAAAAGAAGUCCAAUUCAUUGUAAAAUGUACUUCUAGUGAGUACUGCUGCUGGUCCAAGUGUGUGUGUAUUUACAGUGCUACUUUGUCACCAUCAGUCUCGAAAUAGUCUUCGAGUUCUAUAGAUUAAAAUCAAGUUUGAUGAUCAAAUCCAAGAAUAUUUUUUCUUAUUUGAAAGGACAAAACUAAAAUAUUUCAAGCAUAAACCAUGAGGGCUAAUCAUAGACAUUUGUUUAGAUAUUAAUUUUACUUGAGGAGGAACCACCUUCUUCAUAUUGGUAUAUCCUUAAUCACAUACAGCUGGGUGAAAUAUUUUUAAACUGUUUUUCUUUUCACAGUCAUCAAAAAUGACAUGUUCUCAACACCAUAAUACAGCCCCCUAUUAUAUAUCGAUAUAUUGAUUCAUCCUUACACCAUAACCUGAUAGGUGUUUGAUUCCCCUGGUCUGUAUUUCAUCUUCAUAAAAAAAAUCACACAUGUAUAUGUUUCUUUUCAGUUUAUUAAACACUGCCAUAUUUCUAAAAGUGACAGACUUUCAAUUUAUGAAAAUACUUAAUUGCAAUGAGUUUUGAAAAUUGCGAAUUGAAUUCAGUGACAGAAGGAAAGUCUUCUAUAUGUACACGUGUAUUUUCAAUAAUGAUAAAAGAACCAAGGUCACAUUCAGCACAAUGUCAAAAGUUAAAACUGAUAACAGAAAGUAAUGACCCAAGUCCCCACUCCUGUGAGAUCCACCCACUGAUCCCUAUACUUCCUCCAUAUCUUCAUCGUCCUCUUCC